GGCUGCGGCCGUGUGACGUCACAGCGUGGACGUGAGCGUUGUGAACAUCAACAAAAGAGAGAGAAGGAGAAAGAGAAAGAGACGAUAGAAGGAGUAAAGACUGACACAGAGGAAGGCUUAGAUAUGUGGAUUUAACUAACGUAAACAGUAUAUUGUGGAUAAAAAACCCCAUAAAAGUAGAGAUCAGAUCAUCCAGUGCCAUCGGAGACAUGGACGCCUACAAGCUGAUGAAGGAGCUGCGGGUGAAUUAUGAGCAGGAGGUGUUUUAUCUCCCCAAAGAGACGGGACUGAGCCUCAUCGAGUCCACGCCACAGGACGACAGUCGUCGGAUCUCGGCCAAGUGCAGAGAUGCCAAAGUGGAGGACCUGUGGAGUCUCACCAGCUUCUUCGGUUACAGCACACAGACCUUCGUCCUGGCUGUGAACCUGCUCGACAGAUUCCUGGCCAUGAUGAGGAUCCAGCCGAAGCACCUGUCGUGCGUCAGCCUCAGCUGCCUGCACAUGGCCGCCAAGGUGACGGAGGACGAGUGCGACCUGACGCCCACCGACGAGCUCAUCCGCAUCGGACAGUGCAGGUUCACCGUGUCCGACCUGUGCCGCAUGGAGAAGAUCGUCGCCGACAAGCUCGACUUCAAGUCCAAAGCCAUCACUGCCUUAACCUUCCUGCACCUGUACCACCAGAUGGCGCUCUCACACUCCACCGACAGGAAGGAGACUCUGAGUCUGGAGAAGCUGGAGGCUCAGCUCAAAGCCUGUCUCUGCAGAAUCUCCUUCUCCAAGGCAAAGCCGUCCGUCCUGGCCUUGUCUCUCCUGAGGCAGGAGAUAGAAGCCGUCCAGUCAGAGGACAUGUUGGAGAUAGCCUGUCACAUCCAGAGACACCUGAAGAUUGCGGACGGCGAGCUGCUGCAGUGGCGUGAGCGCGUGGCCAAGUGUCUGUCGGACUACGCCUCGCCCGAGUGCAGCAAACCCGACCAUAGGAAGCUGCUGUGGAUCGUGUCCCGCAGAACCGCCCAGAACCUGCACAGCCACCGCAGUGUCCCCGAGCUGCCCACCAUCCCAGAGGGACGCUGGGACGAGAGCGAGAGUGAGGACUCGUGUGAGGACGUGAUGAGUUCUGGUGAAGAGUCUCUCAGCAGUUCACUGGGCAGCGACGCUGAAGGUCCUUACUUCCCUCUGCACUUCCAACAAAAACAACGCAGACACCUCCACGCCUGACUCCUCCCCCUUUAACCCUGUCACUGUUAACAAUAUUUUAUUGUAUUUUAUUUAUUUUCUAAUAAGCUCCGGUGCUGGAGGAGAAUCAAAGAGGCAGCUGAGCUCGAGUCUGGAUUCUUCUGGUUGAUUUUCAAUGUUAGUUAGUGUGUCAAUGUUUGAAAACGCGUCACAUUCCAGGAGAAUUCUUUUAACGAAGUAUGUGAGAGUGAAGUUUUGGUAGAAAACGGCUGCGUCCACACGACUGACCUUCACCUUCAAUAACAGAAACAAAGUUCCUGGUAAAUUUCUAGACAUUUCCCAUGGAAAACCUUGUCGUUUUCAAACGCCUCCAUUAUUGUGACCUGAAAUCGUCAUGCACGUUGUAGCGUGUUUCAAAACCGAGUAUUUACAUUUUUAAAAUUGACUGAAAAUGUUUGUGUGGACGUAGCCUCACUGUAUUGUGGACGGUGCCAGAAACAGUAGCAUUGUUAUUGUCGAUGACAAUAAUUUGCCAAAACUUGUGUUGUUUAUUUCACAGGAUGUUAUUUUUUGACUUAUUAAUCUACAACGGAGAGGUUUUUGGUUUCGUAAGGAGGUGAAAGGGCAGCAGGACAGACGUCAUAUUUCUGUCGACUGAAACCUGAAGCUGCUCCGAUUCUCUCUGAAGAAAGGUUUAAUUUGCACAUUAUACAUAAAUGUAUGUAAAAAAAAAAACCUCUCAUUUCAAGUGUUAAAAACUGGAGUUUGCGUCUUAAAGGAAACGUGACACGUGUGCGAUGUUUGUGUUUAUCGCAGCAUCGCAAGUUUGACUUCAAACUCAAUGCGACCGCAGGGUUUUCAGAAAAAAAAACAUUUAAUAAAUGUGUGUGUGUGUGUAUGUGUGUGUGAGAUGCUGGUUUAAAUUCAAAGUUGCCAACUUUAGAAUGUAGCGUAAAGAAAAGAAGUGUUUGGUUACUGAAAACUGUUCAGAGACAACGUUGAAUGGAACAAUAGAGUUGACCGAGCGUCAAAAAAAAAAAAAAUUUAAAAAUGUAAGAAAAUGUCCAUAUAAAAACAUGUAAAACUGUAAAUGAUGUACAAAAAAAUUUUAAUAGUUCUUUGUAGAUAUUGUUAAGUUAUUUAUUCCUUUUGUCACCUGUACUGAAAAAGAAAAUCUUAUAAAAAAAAUGUUAUUUUUAAAUAUUG